AUGAUUGCAACGACAAACUCAACAGAGGGUGGAACACAGACGGAAACAUAUGAAGUAUCGCGAUGCUCCUCCUCCUUGUUAGUUGGGUUACAACAACAAUCGAUUUGUUUCUCAGUAGUUAACAUUUUCCUCUCCAUCACAGCAUUUCUUGGGAAUUUUCUAAUUCUUGUUGCCCUCAACAAGGAAUCUUCCCUCCAUCCACCGUCCAAACUCUUGUAUCGUUGUCUGGCAACAACUGAUCUGUUGGUUGGUCUUUUUACCCAGCCUCUCUCUGCUACUUAUUGGAUGUCCGUAGUUCACAAACACUGGAGUCUUUGUCGACACGCAAUGGACGCAAUUUACAUAUCAAGCUAUGCAUUAUGUGGAGUGUCUUUGUAUACGUUGACGGCCAUAAGCGUGGACAGACUUCUCGCUCUGUUGUUGGGAAUAAGAUACAGACAAAUAGUAACUUUAAAGCGCACUUACAUCAUUGCAGCUACGUUUUGGAUCUUACCCGUCGGCGCUGGAUCAAUUUCCAUUUCACACUCUCGAAUAAUCCGUUGGUAUAGUAUUAUAGUUAUAGCGUUAUGCUCAGUGAUCUCAAUUGCCUCGUACACAAAGAUAUUUCGAACUCUUAGACAUCAUCAGGCUCAAGUACAAGAUCAUGUUCAACAACAGCCGAGCCAAGAAACUGCUCUGAACAUGGAAAGAUACAGGAAGGCAGUAAGCAGUGCACUGUGGGUGCAGUUAGCAUUGGCUGUUUGUUAUGUACCAAAAUUUAUAAUACUGGUUGUUAUCAAUCAUAGCAAAACUUAUUCUUCUCGUUUAGUCGUUAUUGAUGCAAUUGCAUCCAUUUUAGUAUAUUUUAACUCCACUUUGAACCCGUUCCUUUAUUGCUGGAGAAUCAGAGAAGUGAGACAAGCAGUAAAGCAGACAAUCCAACAAGCACUUUGCUUUCCAUGGACUUAG